AUGCAAAUUUCUCUUUCACUUGAAAGGUCCCCCAUGUUGGGCGAAGAAUGCACAAAAGAUGUGGAGUGUGCCGUAGAAAAUGCAGAAUGCAUUGAAAGUGAUGGGAUAAAUACAUGCCAGUGUUCUGGUGCAUUUAUUGCUGAGGAGCUCAUGUGUGUUGAUUCCGGCGUGAAGGAAACCAUCUCUAGAGGCAUCAUCGCCAUCGCCUCCAUAUCUGCGGCUUUGUUUAGUUAA